AUACGGAAGUGAAGCGCUACUCCCUGGUUCCCUGUUUGUUUUCGUUCUCGCAUCGGUUAGAAAACUAUUUUUGUCAAAAAAUAUGGCAGUGAGCGCCGUCCACCUGGAGUCAGACGCCUUUCUGGUGUGUAUGAAUCACGCGUUAAGCACAGAGAAGGAGGAGGUGAUGGGUUUGUGCAUCGGAGAGGUGGAAAUCACCCGGAUCGUCCAGAUCCACUCCGUCAUCAUCCUCCGCCGCUCUGACAAGAGGAAGGACCGGGUGGAGAUCUCCCCGGAGCAGCUGUCGGCGGCCUCCACGGAGGCAGAGAGGCUGGCCGACAUCACCGGCAGGCCGAUGCGGGUGGUCGGUUGGUACCACUCCCACCCUCACAUCACCGUGUGGCCCUCCCACGUAGAUGUGAGGACCCAGGCCAUGUACCAGAUGCUGGACCAGUGCUUCGUGGGCCUCAUUUUCUCCUGCUUCAUCGAGGACAAGAACACCAAGACGGGCCGGAUGCUGUACACCUGCUUCCAGUCCGUGCAGGCGCAGAAGGGCUCCGAGUACGAGCGGGUGGAGAUCCCCAUCCACGUCGUGCCCCGCGAAGCCAUCGGUAAAGUGUGCCUGGAGUCGGCCGUGGAGCUGCCGCGGAUCCUGUGCCAGGAGGAGCAGGACACGUACCGCAAGAUCCACAGUCUGGCGCACCUGGACCCCGUCACCAAGAUCCACAACGGCUCGGUGUUCACCAAGAACCUGUGCAGCCAGAUGUCGGCGGUGAGCGGGCCGCUGCUGCAGUGGCUGGAGGACCGGCUGGAGCAGAACAAGCAGAGCGUCGUGGAGCUGCAGCGGGAGAAGGAGAGGCUGCAGCAGGAGCUGGCUGCUCUGUGAGCCGGAGGGACCGCCCGGAGACCACUACUUCUUUUUCUGUGUUGGACAGAGGAAAAGGACCUUCUGUUGUGCUUGUUUUAGUUCGUUUACUACUGUUUCACCUUCCAGGCAGGGCUGGGAGUCCAACUCAUGGCCUCCAAGAAAGUUAGAAUAACUUAAUCAACUGAUAGUUUGUGCACAUAAGAUAUGAAUCUGUUUCGCCCAAGUGAAUAAUUUGUGCGCACUAGUCAUUUUCACGUUACCAGCUGGCACCAGUACUGAACAGCAGAACAACUUGAAGCAUCGACCUUCUUCCUGACUGCUGCUGCUUUCUGUUCAUUUCAGCAGUGUUCAAAUCGACUUGCAGCUGCUGCCCAUCAUUCCAGUGAACAUAGACCUGAAACAGUUCGUUGAAUAACCGAUAAUUCAACCGACAAUUAAUCAAUCACACAUAUAUAUGUAUAUUCAUCCAAAAUAAGCUUUAAAGCAUUAUUCAAGAAAUGUCAAACAAUGUUUGGUUCUAGCUUGUCAAAGAUUUGCUGCUCUCCUUUCUUACAAUUUAAAACUAACACUUAUGGGCUGCCGACUUAUUUUCAUUACUGAUUAAAAUGUUGAUUAGUUUCCAAAUGAACUAACUAAACGUAUAGUGUAGAAAAUAUCUGUUACAGUUAACUGUAGCCCAGAAUGACAUUUACCUUCAUACAGAUUAGGGGAAAAACAGCAAAUACUGACGUUUGAGGUCCUGAAAACAGCAGUGUUUGAUGUUUUUCCUUAUAAAUGACUGAAAUGAUUCAUCAGUUAUCAUUGUUGUCGAUUAAUCAACCAAUCGUCUUGGCACUAAUGAUGGAUUUGAACCCACACAUGCAUAUAUACUGGGUAAGCACACAGGAACUAGUCGAUUGAUUAUUUAUGUCCACAUAAUGUUGAAAGAACCAGAUGAAGAGGAGAUUUUGCUCUGCUGUUUAUACUUGGUUGCUCUGUAACAGUGUCCUUGGUUGGAUCAGCCCAUUGUUGGCACUGAUCGAAUCGAUCCGAUCGAUUGCAGGAUUUUGCAUCAUUGUGAUGAAAUGCACUACCUGGCCAAAAGUAUAUGGUCACCCCAGUCUGCAUACCUUAGUUUUGGUCUGGGUCUGCUUUCCUGUUGGUUCCAUUGAAAGAAAAAAACUCAAUGUUACACCAUACAAUGACAUUUUAGACAACAGUAUGCUUCGGUUUGUGUUUGACCCUUUCGUGUUUCAACAUGACAAUGCCCCUUCCACAAAACCAGAGAAAUACUCUCUCCAUUUUGGUGUGGAAGAGCUUGACUGGCCCUGACCUCAACCACCAUCCAACACCUUUGGGAUGAACGGGAACACCGACCCACCAGCUUCAAUGCUCUUGUGUCUGAAUGGGAGCAAAUCCCUGCAGCCAGGUUCCUACAUCUUGUAGAAAGCCUCCCCUUGAUAGUGGAGGCGGUUAUAGCAGCGGAUUAAAGGCCCAGGUUCUGGAAUGACAUGUUCCCAUAUCACAUAGGGAUGGUUGUCCAUAUACUUUUGGCUACAUAUCGUACCUUGAUUAGUCAGGUAUUUCAUUCUGCCAAAAAACAAGAUACUCUUAUCUAGUGGUUUUACAGAGUGUGAUGGAGGACUGUUUCAGCCAUCUGUAAUGGAAACGAAUGCUGAGCUAAAAUAAGAGCAGACGCUGUAAAAUAUUUAUGGUAAAUGGGCAAAAACAAGCAAAACGGCACAGUUGGGUACAUGAGGAGCCUCUUUCUCUUGUUAGAAUUAUGCUGAAUGAGAGCCGGUUGAGCCCACUGCUAUGUGCCUUUGGACUAAUGAAAGUGUUAUUGUAGAUACUGUAUACUGUCAAUGAAGCUUGGGUGUAAAGGAUGUGGGUGGUUGCUGUUUAACGCCUGUCGCACUGUGAGCACUGAUUCUGAUGGCACAGAUUGACUUUUGUUCACCCUGUUAACUGUCUGUGCUUUGUCUUUUUUUCUGCCUCGUCUCAUCCCAUAUUUGUAAAGCCUGAUAUUUUAUCUUAAAGGAGCGUUAUUUAGGUGUGACUAACGUGGUGUUUUUCUCUGGGAGGCCAAAAUACAGCAGAUUUUGUAUUUCUAAGAAAUUGGAGUGUUGAAAACAACCUGCUGCUACAUUUUUUUGUGGUUUUGUUUUUAUAUAAGCACUUUGCAAAUAAACUUAGUACUGUCA